CAGCUUUCAGAGAGAGUGUGUUCACCUCGUGUGACCACAGACAGCCAGCUGGACAGUCUCCGGACUCAGUGUAAGAAGAGAAAUGGAAAACAGUCAGUCCACAACCGGUGACACCAAGCUGGACCAGGCUGUCAAGCAGUGGCUGCAGUAUGACAAGAACCCAAAGACAGUGUCCAUCGUGGAGGAUCUGUUGAAGGAUAGAAAAGUGGAGACCCUGAAGAAAUGUUUCUCCUCCAGGAUGGAGUUUGGUACCGCAGGUCUGAGGGCAGCCAUGGGCCCCGGCAUAUCCUGUAUGAAUGACCUCACUAUCAUCCAGACCACACAGGGUUUCUGUCACUACCUGGAGGAGAGUUUUGGGAACCUAAAGGAGCGAGGGGUGGUGAUUGGGUAUGACGCCCGGGCCCAUCCUCCCAGUGGGGGUAGCAGCAAGCGAUUCGCUAGCCUGGCUGCAGCUGUAUUCAUCAGCCGAGGGGUGCCUGUCCACCUCUUCUCUGACAUCACCCCUACACCCUUUGUGCCUUUCACAGUUUCCCACCUGGGUCUGUCUGCUGGUAUCAUGGUGACUGCCUCUCACAAUCCCAAACAGGACAAUGGGUACAAGGUUUAUUGGGAGAACGGUGCCCAGAUUGUGUCCCCUCAUGACAAAGGCAUCGCCAAGGCCAUAGAGGAGAACCUGGAGCCUUGGCCUGAGUCCUGGAACACAGUGGAGGCCCUGAAGAGUCCCUUGCUCAAAGACCCCUACCAAGACAUCCACACACAAUACUUCAAAGCCAUCCAGAAACACUGUCACCACAGGGAGAUAAACAAGAGUUCAGAGGUGAAAGUUGUGCAUACGUCUGUGCACGGUGUUGGCCACGCAUUUGUCCAGUCAGCUUUCAAGGCCUUUGACCUUCACCCUCCAUAUGCUGUAGAGGAGCAGAAAGAUCCAGACCCCGAAUUCCCCACUGUGAAAUAUCCCAAUCCUGAGGAGGGAGAGGGAGUCCUGACAUUGUCGUUCGCCCUUGCAGAGAAGGAGGGGGCCACUGUGGUGUUGGCGAAUGACCCAGAUGCUGAUCGACUGGCUAUCGCUGAGAAACAGAAGAGUGGACAGUGGCGAGUGUUCAGCGGUAAUGAGUUGGGAGCGUUGCUUGGCUGGUGGAUGUUCCGCUGCUGGGAACAGCAGAACUCUGACGCUGCUGCUGUGAAAAACCUCUACAUGCUGUCAAGCACUGUCUCAUCCAAGAUACUGCGUGCCAUCGCCCUGAAGGAAGGCUUCCACUUUGAGGAAACACUGACAGGGUUCAAGUGGAUGGGGAACAGAGCCAGAGACCUUUUGGAUCAAGGCAAGACCGUUCUGUUUGCCUUUGAGGAGGCCAUAGGGUAUAUGUGCAGUCCCUGUGUUUUGGACAAGGACGGGGUGAGCGCUGCAGCCAUAGCAGGGGAGAUGAUUUCUUAUCUGGCCACUAAAAACACAAGCCUUUCUCAGCAACUCACUGCCAUCUUUGUAGAGUACGGCUACCACAUCAGUAAGAACUCAUACUUCAUUUGCCAUGACCAGGAUGUGAUCCGCAGUCUGUUUGAGCGUCUGCGCAACUACGGUGGCCAGAAGGACUCAUACCCGACCAAAUGUGGGCGGUUCUCCAUCUCUGCUAUACGAGACUUGACCACUGGCUACGACAACAACCAACCUGAUAAAAAGGCUGUUCUUCCCACUUCCAGUUCCAGUCAGAUGAUCACAUUUACCUUCUCUAAUGGCUGCGUGGCCACUAUGAGGACCAGCGGCACAGAGCCAAAAAUCAAAUACUACACUGAACUCUGUGCUGCGCCCGGUAACAGUGAUGUGACACACCUGAAGAAGGAACUGGAUGACUUGGUCGAUGCCAUCAUUGAAAACUUCUUUGAGCCAAAGAAGAAUAAUCUGCAGCCUAAACCAGAGUAGAACUGAUCUUUAUAAUUGCAGACAGACAUACAAACAGGACCAGUUGUGACUAAUAUCUCAGACCAGCAUGUCAUAUAAUGUCUUAAAUACGUCAGAAGGGAUUUAACUCAGGCUUGACUUAGAUUUACGUCUUUUCUUACUAUUAUAGCAAAUGUGUUGUCAUUUUUCCAGUCUUAAUUUUAACAAUCUGCAGGUUAAUUGAAAUGUCUAAUCUCUAUUCUGAGUUAGUUAAGCCAUCCAUCCGUUUUGGAGCUUUAAUUUUUGGGUCCAGUGCCAGUUUUACAUUAAGCAGUCACGACACAUCACAGCUACAUGUUUUGUUUACAGUUUAUCUCAACGCUGGAUAUUUUAACAUCACAACUGUGAAAUAUUCAGCACUCCACAGCUACAGUCAUUCCUGCUUCCUGAGAAUAGCGAUAGAUACACAUAUUAAUGUAUUAAUGUAUGUAACAGUCAUUCAUUCCACAGUGUGUUUCAGCAUCGGCUGCAGGGCUGCUAAUACGAAGAGUUAAAGAAGAGUGUAAAUGAAAACUUAUAUUGUAACGUUGUUGUUGACUCCUGUUAAACCUUGAAUAUGAAUAUAUUUGAAUAUCUUAAUUUAUAGUGGGGUAUAGCAUUAAAAGUGACAAUAGAAAAAAGAUUAAUGCAAAACAUGAUGUGAAAAACUGCAAUUUUACAGUUUGAAAAAUGAUCAAACCUAAAAGCUGACAGCACCACCAAGUGGAUAAAUUGUACAUGAAUCUUUCAAAUGUACCCACUGUUCAUUCUUUGAAAUGAAUAGUUAAAACUUAAAGGGACUCUUCACACUAUCAUGUAAUGUACAACUAACCACCCUUAUUUAAGUGAUCAUGAAUGACUGUUCCAGAAAUGGGUAAUUAGAAGCUCACCUUUCCUGAUGUGCCUCUUAAUCAAAAAUGCGUGCAAAAAAAUGUUUUCAAUAAAUGAAGGUUUCUAACUGCAA